AUGACAGAAGCGCGCCGAGCCUCAGCGCCACCGGCGGCCGCUCGCCCUGAGCCGGGGCAAGAACGGCCCAGGGACGCCCCGCCUCCGCGCCGGGCUGAGCGCCGGAAGCUCGCGUCCCGCAGGACGCGAGAGGGACCCGAGGUGUGUGGGCAGUUCGUGUUCCCAUCGUUCCCCGCCGAGGCUGGGCUGACUGUUCCUUCCGGAGCUUUUCGAGUCUGUUCCCCGCUUUGUGUCCUCCCUUGGAAGGACUCGUCAGCUAGCCCGGGGCUGCUGGACGUGGGGGUCUCACACCGUGUAACCUCCCAGCUCUGCGAAUGGAAACUUCGAGAGGGUCAGAGGGCGCGGGAGCCGGGCGGGUGCCGUUGCGGCCGCGAGGGGCGGGCGCGGCCGGGCCGACGUCACACUGGGACGUUCCAGCGCUGCCGCAUCCCCGCUGCGAGGUGUGAAAAGCCGUGCGUGGGCAAGGUUGAAAGCGUUCUUCCCCCUCCUUUGUUACCCGGUGCGGAGGGAGGCCGCCCGAAAUCCUUACUGUGGAGCCGAGCAACUAUGGUCCCUGGAAAGGAGCCAGAAUUCCAACGUCAUGUAUAUAAUUAUGCAGAAGACACCAAUAUACAGGAAGAUUCAUUUAAGGAAGAAAAUCCAAAGGGAACUAGCACUUCCACAAAUAAAGAUCAACUUGUUCUUAAGUGUGUCAGACAACCUCCUAGAAGGCCACCUCUAAUCCACUGCAGUGGAGAGAUGCUGAAAUUCAUGGAAAUGUCACUGGCUAAUAGUACUGCCAUGGAAUCUUCCCUCAACCCUAGUCAACCUCGAGGCUUCUUGUGUGAGGAAAAUUUACCUUCAAAAGGAAUACAGAAUUCUACAGAUAUUCCUGAGAUGUCAGUCAGGCACCAAAAGGAAGUCGCAGUGGAGGGGAGGAAGAGUCCAGAGAUUGUCUCAACUUGGUCUCCGACAGGCAUUUCUUGGAGUGGUGGAGCAUCUUGGGAGGACUGCAUGACACCCGACAGAGAGCAGAGCUUGGAAAGCUCACAACCUCUGGAAGAGGACAUGGCUUUAAAUGAAGUCCUACGAAAAUUAAAACGUACUAACAAAGAACAGCAAACUCUGAUCCAAGACCUACAGCAUCGUAACAUGUAUUUAGAGAAGAAGAUUGAAGAACUGCAGAUGAAGACAACUAAACAGCACGUGUUCGUGGACAUCAUCAAUAAGCUAAAGGAAAAUGUUGAAGAAUUAAUUGAAGACAAAUACAGAGUAAUGCUAGAGAAGAAUGAUACACAGAAGAAAUUGCAGAAUUUGCAUGAGAUUUUAGUUAACACCCAAAAACAUCUUCAGGAAUCCAGGAAUGAAAAGGAAACCUUACAGCUAGAGUUUAAGAAGAUCAAGGGCAAUUAUGUUAGUUUACAGGAAAGGUACAUGACUGAAAUGCAACAAAAAAAUAAAGCUGCAAAUCAGUGCAUGGAGAUGGACAGAGCCUUAAGCAAGAAAGAAGAAGAGGUAGAGAGGCUGCAGCAACUCAAAGGAGAACUGGAAAAGGCCACCACUUCUGCCCUGGACUUGUUGAAAAAGGAAAAAGAGACCCGAGAACAAGAGUUCCUGUCUUUACAGGAGGAAUUUCAGAAACGUGAAAAGGAAAACCUGGGUGAAAGACAGAAACUGAAAUCUAGACUUGAGAAAUUGGUCGCUCAAGUUCAAAAUUUGCAGUUCAUAUCUGACAAUGAAAAGGCUAAGAAUACAGAACUCCAGCAGCAGAUCAACAAAGUAAAAAAUGAAAACUCAAAACUUCAGCAGCAGGUUGCAAGGAGUGAGGAGCAAAAUUAUGUUCCUCAAUGUGAGACAGCUCAACUCAAGGAGAACUUAGAGGAAGGAACAGAGUCAGAUAUGGCAAAGGGUGCAAAGAUGAUACAUUCUAAUUUGUUCCUGAAUCACUCACCUUGUGAAGGAGAGAGCCCAAAUCCCCCAGACGUGAAAAGAACUUCACAGCUGACCUCCAAAAUUCGCAAUCUUCUGGCUCUGAUGGUACAACUUCUCAUGUGCCAGGACAUCACCAAUCCCGAUGCCAGACAUUUCAAAGAGAAUGAGAAAGUUAAUGAUAUCAUACUACAAAAAUUGAAGAGUUUUCAUCUUAAAAAGAAAAAGUUAGAUAAAGAGGUUACAGACUUUGAUUCAAAUGAAGCCAAGAAUGUCAGAGAGGUACCUGUCUUACUGGGAGCCAAACUGGAUCAGUACCACAACCUAAAUGAAGAGCUUGAUUUCUUGGUUACAUCAUGUGAAGAAAUUAUUGAAUGUGCUGACCGAAGGCUCAUGAUACCGAACUCCCAGAUUGCACAUUUAGAAGAGAGAAAUAAACUUUUGGAAGAUUUAAUUAGAAGGCCCAGAGAGAGAGCCAGAAAACCAAGAAGUGAAAACAGUGAGAAGCAUCCGAAGUCCAUGACCGUUAUGCCAGAUAUCUUAGAAGGAAAUAGAAAUGAUUUAGAUUAA